CUUGACCCAACUUGGCUUUACCGGUCGAGUGGUCUAACUGUUCCGUGGUGUCCGGCGAAGAAUCCAUCUGCAUACGAAAUCUCAAUACCGGUGUCGCGUGUACAAUGUGACGAUCGUAAAUAUUUAUCGAAUUGUUUUCAGACUGAUAAGUGUCUCAAUAUUCGCAAUCCUCUCGCCGCCUCUGUGAUGUCUAUCCGAUAUAUUCAAAUCAGAGACCAGAGACCACGACUCCAUACGAGAGGUGUAUCGCGUUAUAUCACGAAAUGAAGAAAUUAUACAGAAUGUAGGAAGAAUCGUCCUAUUUUUUUCUAAACCUUCCGUGUGGGUUUGCAAACUGGCAUGGUUUGGUUUUACAGACGUUUUAUGUAAUAUGGGUGAAUUUUUUCAACUUCGAUAUUGCCGCACUUUGUCGGUCAUUGGUGAACGAUCGUUUGUACGAUGAACUUGGUUUAACUUGGUGCUUUGGUGAUUGAAAAUGAAAAUGUUGUGUUUUUGGAUUCUGGCGACAUUACUGGUACUCGAACCAGUUCUCAGCCACGACCAUUUUUCAUUUCCCUCUGCUCCGAGAACAGUCAGCUACCGAUCCGAAUACGAAGUAGAAGACCAACAACCAUCGAGCAAAACAUUACACAAAAUAAAAAAACUCCGCAAAAAGCAAAUGCUCCUUUGUUUACUGGGCGGUGGAGGAGGAGGAGGCGGUGGACGUAACAGCCCUUUGGAUGCCCCAGAACCAAGAUUCCUUUUCCCAGUUAUCCAGCAAACUGAGGUCAACGUUGGAAAUCCAAGUGGUGGAAAUAAUCAUUUAUCUAGUCCGUAUGGUUCAGGUAUGUGCGAUGGUCUUUUGGGAUCUGGAGGAGGAGGUCUCGGGGGGCUAGGACAUCCUGGAUUAUUGAGCCAUCCUCUUUUGGCUAGUUUGGGUAGCUUGGGAAGUGGUAGUGGGACUAAUAAGCCCGAUACCGAUGAGGAUCAAAAUAGGUAUUUAAUGCAUUUCAAUAUGAAAAGACAUGUAGUCAGACCGUUGUAUAAGUCGAUGAAAGCUUUCUAUAAGUUGUUCAGGUGAAAUGAGGUCAAAUUUGUGGAAGGGCGAAAUUUAUGUUACCUUAGGUUAAGUUAUAACUUUUGUGCUAAGAAUGUUUUUUGUACCUAUUUUUUUUCUUUCUUUCUUUCAAAAUAUAUUUCGUGUAUGAUGUCCUA